AUGCCAUCACCACAUGCCUUUCUGGCAGCCCUCGCCGUCGGGUUCCUUCCCCUAACCCAAGCCGUCUUCUCUCUCAACUCGACCUUCGCCUCAAACGGCAUCACCAUCCUCAACCAGACGUUCAACGGCAUCAUCCCCUCAGGCGUCCUCUCGGAGCAGUGCGCAUCAGCGUACUCCGCAUCGCUCAACUGCUCAAACUCCCUCGUCUUUGUCGGCCCCGACUACGUGAACUACACGGCAAUCACAAAGAAAAUUCCGGCCACGGCGUACCACUCGCUCUACAAAGAUGUGUGCACGGAGGCCUGCUACAAGUCAUUAGCAUCGUGGAGGACUGCGGUGCAGGUGGAUUGCGCGGCAGACUUUGAUACCUUGUUUUCGGAAAUGUAUAACGACUAUACGGACCCUGAGGCGGUCUUGAAUGAGUCGGGACUAACUGUGCCGGGGGCGGGUUCCGGCGCAAGUGCGUUUGGGUUUGCGUACCGGGAUGGAGAGGCCGAGUGGCUGGAUUACAUGUUUUGGGGGAAGUGCACAAGAGAUCUGAAUUCGACAGAGUAUUGCACACUCACGGAAUUAGACGCGGAUGUAGCCGUGUGGCCCUCCAUUGAGGCGUCGCGCUUUUCGCACCUAUCGAAAGAGGAGGCGAUCGAGAGGAACCAGACGUUUUGCAGUGAAGCCACAUGCUUCAUGCAGUCCGAGCUACUAUCUGUUAUCAGCACAGGCGAAUUCCAGGGAAACAACGCCACACAGGCAGAUGUUAUUGCUGUUAUAAAUGAUGUAUGCCCGGAUCUCAAUGUCACAUCGUCCUUUCCGUUUCUCCAGCUGGGAUCAAUGUACCCCUUCGACGAUGAAAAGAAGAUUUCCACGACUGGGGUCACCUCAACUUCCUCACGUGGCGCCGAUGGGAUUACCGACCUGACUACGGCAAAUUCGACAGACACCUCUGGAUCUUCGCCAGACACCACCAAGCCAGUCCAGCGAUGA